CGAAAGAACAACGGGCAGUGGGCACAAACUGGAUCAUGGGAAGUUCCAUGUGUUGCAAGCCGAAAUGGCUUGCAGUUUGUUGUAUCGAUCUCAGUCCCUCCAAAUUAAGACUCAGAAAAGAGUCAAGGUGUUAAUCGAGCAGAAGUGUGCCUUUAUUUAUUAAAAGAUAGGAGAGCAAGAGAGGCAAAGGAGAGAGAGAAAGGGAAAAAAAAAGUAAGUCACUGUUGUGAAUCUCACGAUGUUCAAGCUCAGGGAGGAUAGAUUUAGGUUAGAUAUAAGGAAAAAAUCUUUUACAGUGAGGAUGGUGAGGCAUUGGAACAGGUUGCCUAGGGAUAUGGUUGAUGCCCUGCCCCUGGAGACUUUCAAGGUGAGGCUGGAUAAGGCCCUGGGCAACCCGGUCUAGCUGUGGUAUCCCUGUUAAUUGUAGGGAAGUUGAACUAGAUGGUCUUAAUUCUGUGAUUCUAUAUUCUGAGGGUCUGUCCUUCUUGGCUGAUAAAAGCAUAUGCCUUUUACACUGUAUGAUGGUCCCUUCUACUUGAGCCAGGAUUUGUUGCCAAGCAUAGGGUGUCCAGUAUCAAGCACUGUGUGCAUGCUGCACCAGCCGUGCUUCUCCCUUCACACGGUGGUUGUGGAGGGUUGUGGUUGUGUGAGGGACCUAUGACCACCUUAAGCAAGACCACUAAUUCCUGACUUGCGCUUGGGCACAGCAUAUGGUUGUUUGGCACCUUUCACAAGAGUGUCAUAGUACAGGUUUUGUUCUGGGGCCUUCAUAAGACAGUUACAGUUCUGUUCUGCUGGUCAUCUCUCCACCAAUCAGAAAGAGAGUAAAAAGUCACAAUGUUACAGUUCCCUAUGGAGAUGUCAGAGUCCAAACAGAGAAGGCAGAACGUUUUUAGUGUGAGAAUGGUGGAGUGCUGGAAGGCCGGCUAGGGAGGCUGCAGACUCUCCUCUGAAGGUACUCAAGGCCCAUCUUGACGCCUACAUGUGUGACCUGCUGUGGGGAGCUGCUGCAGCAGGGGGUUGGACCAGAUGAUCCCCAGAGGUCCCUUCCAACCCCUACAGUUCUAUGAAUAUGGUAUAAAACCAGCAGUGUGCGGCAAACUGCCAGUUCAUUGAGCUCAUCUGCAACUACAGUGGUUACUUCAAGUACGUGGUGUAAAGAACACACCAGAUCAGAGCGCGCUGUGGAACCUCACCGUGUUUCCAAACAACUGUCAAACCAACUGACCUUCAAAAACCCACUUAUGCUUUUAUCCUGCUCUGUACUCGCUGACAGGGUCACCUGCGCCCUCAGCCACCCCUCGCAGCGGGCUCUCCCGCCGGCAGCGAGCCCCGCUCAACCUUCCCCGCUCCCCCUGACCCCGUAGGGCCCCGGGGACCCACGGCAGUCCCCGCCCUCCUCAAGCCAGAGCGGAAGUGCCGUCAGAGGAAGGCCGGCCGCCCGCCCUCAGCGGAGGAAGGACGGGCUGUAAGAUGGCGGCGGCGGAGGAGCGGCUCCUGUCGGAGGGGGAAGGCGGCGCCCCGGGUUCGGCGCGGCUCUCCCCGCCCCCGCUCUCGCAGUCUCCCGAAGCCCCGGCGCCCUUGGAGCAGCCGCCUCAGAGCAACACGCUGAUGGGGCUGCCCAUCGUGGCCAUCGAGAGCAUCCUCAGCUUCCUGUCCUACGACGAGACGAGCCAGCUCCGCCUGGUUUGUAAACGAAUGGACUUGGUUUGUCAACGAAUGUUAAAUCAGGGAUUUCUAAAAGUGGAAAGAUACCACAACUUGUGUCAAAAGCAAGUUAAAGCUCAGCUUCCAAGACGAGAGUCAGAAAGAAGAAACCAUUCGUUAGCUCGUCAUGCAGACAUCCUUGCUGCUGUAGAAACGAGACUCUCUUUGUUAAAUAUGACUUUCAUGAAGUAUGUGGAUUCCAAUCUCUGUUGCUUCAUACCUGGAAAGGUAAUAGAUGAAAUUUACCGUGUGCUAAGGUAUGUAAACUCUACAAGAGCUCCUCAGAGAGCUCAUGAAGUUCUUCAAGAACUAAGGGACAUUUCUUCCAUGGCUAUGGAAUAUUUUGAUGAGAAGAUUGUUCCAAUACUGAAAAGGAAGCUUCCUGGGUCAGAUGUAUCAGGACGUCUGAUAGGAGCUGCCCCAGGAAUUUUAAUAAAAACAACAUUCCCAAGCUCAAACUCCAGUAUGAUUUUAGGACUUAGGAAGAAUGAGUAUACAUCAUCAUGGAAAAUAAAUCCCCUUCUUCUAAAAAUUCCAGGGCCUUCUGCAGCACUAACAACAAUGCAGCUGUUCUCCAAGCAGAAUCCUUCAAGACAGGAAGUCACCAAACUCCAGCAGCAAGUAAAAGCAAACGGUGCAGGUGUGACAGUGCUAAAGCGGGAAAUCUCAGAGCUUCGCACCAAAGUGCAAGAGCAACAGAAACAACUCCAAGAUCAAGAUCAGAAACUGCUAGAGCAAACCCAAAUCAUAGGUGAACAGAACGCCCGAUUGGCUGAGCUCGAACGCAAGCUGCGAGAGGUGAUGGAGAGCGCAGUAGGAAGUUCUUCAGGUUCUGGUUCAAAUGAACAAUCUCCUAGAAAACGGAGGAAGGCGGUUGAAUCCACAGACUGUCCUAGGAAAUCUAAACGCCUUCGAAACAGAAAAUAACUUGGGGAGUCACUGACGCCUUCAGGAGGAUACACUGCUUUAGUAGCCCAAGCAGGUCUGCUCGUUUGGAUACUGUGAUUAGCUUCAUGGUGUCACGUAGGCUGCUGGCUCUUCAACACACCACUUAGACUUGAACGUGAAUUUUCUUUCAUUGAGACUUUUCCCCUGCUUUCUGGAUGGGUGGGCCUAAUGCACAGGAUCUUUAAGAUUUGCAAUAGAUACAUACUAACCAGACCUGCUCUGUUACAUUUUGAAGGGUUAACCUUUUUUUUUUUUCCCCGUGCAAAUGUGUUGAAAGUAAACUUAUUUGUGUUUAUGCGUAUGUUCACAUAAAAUCUUAAAUAAAUUCAGUCUUAACUGACUAAAAAAUUGAGCUUAAAAA